CGCAGGCAGCGGCGCUGGAACCCGGCGAGCCAGCCUCUGCAACAGGCUGGGGGCGGAAGGAGGAGCCAGGCGAAGCGGCGCCUCCGCUGAGAGGCCCGGCGGACCCUGCAGAGGCCCCCUGCCCCUCUGGCUCCGCCCCCACCCGGGUCGCUAGAAAUACAGCCGCAGCCCCGCCCACCGCCCACUGCGCUCUGACCCAGACCCGGCUGACCCACCUACCCGCGAUCCUGCCCAUGGCUGACGGACUCUUUCGGCGCAGACCCUGGGGUCUCGAGCAGAUUCGCCCGGACCCCGAGUCCGAAGGCCUGUUUGACAAGCCUCCCCCGGAAGACCCUCCCGCUGCCCGCGGGCCCAGGUCGGCGUCGGCCGCGGGCAAGAAGGCUGGUCGGCGCGCGGGCGGGAGGGCGCAGGGGGGCCGCGCCGGGCAGCCCCCGAAGGCCGCAUCGCGCCCCCCGCCCAAGAAGGAGGCGCCGCCACUGGACGAGGGCUGCUAUCUCGACCAUUUUCCGCACCUCUCCAUCUUCAUCUACGCAGCCAUCGCCUUCUCCAUCACCUCCUGCAUCUUUACCUAUAUCCAUUUACAGCUUGCCUGAGUGGCCAGCGCGGGACGGGGUGGGCGCAGGACCGAGCGGGGAGGGAAAGGGAAAACAGGGCUCGGCAUUUUGUGUUUUAGAACAGCGCUGCACCCCCUUCAUGUAGCUUUCGAUGCUUGUUUCUUUCCGUCUUUGUUGUCACUAUCUUUGUCUAUCAGUACGAAAGUACAAAGUAGCUGCCGGCAA